AUAUUGCAUGGGAUACACUUACACUAAAAGAGCAUUUAUUGUUUAUUUGAAAUUCACUUUUCACUAGGUGUUCUGCAUUUUUAAUUUGCUCAGUCUAGCAGCCUGGCCAUGCCAGACCACCUGUGCAGUGUCUCCAGGACCGCCGAGACCCAGCCCCAAGCCUACUUUGUCACUCACCAGCUGUGAGACGUGGAAUAUCCGGGUCCUCCCUCUAAGGGUGCUUUGUCUCACCUCAUGGGUGAUUGUGGUCCCGGAUCUGGGCGUUCCAGGGUCACCAAAUGGGGCUCUGGCCCUAUGGACCUGACGCGCUCCUCAGCUAUGUGGGACGGGCACCUGUAAUAGGGCCUGGCAUGUAGGGAUGAUGAGUCUCCUUUGCACUUCCUAUCCUUACAGACUGGGACACAUGAGGGUCUGGGGCAGAUCAGCAAAAGCUGGACUGCAUGACUUUCUCAGGCUUGGGCUGACUGCCAGCUGGGAGCCCAGAGGAAGACAAGGAGAACAUGGACCUCUGUCCCUCUGCACACCACAAUAAACCUCGGUCAUCACAUCCGAGGGUCCAAGAAUUGCACUCAGCAACCAGCACUGAAAACACUGCCCAGUGAUCAGAGUGCACCAAGCGCUCUGCAGGCAAAAGAUGAACCAAGACAGGGACCUCACACCAAGGAUCUCAAAGUCUAGUAGGAGAGAUAGAUUCACUGCUAUGAAAGAAGAAUAAAGCAAUGUAAGUGAUAAAAAGAGAAGAAAAGAUUCUACAAGGAACAGAACAGAUGAGGAAGUUGUCAGCAGCUGUGGUUGAGGACAGAGAGAGACAUUCCAGGCAGAGGGACUGCUACUUGAGGGAUCCAGUCCAGGACACUUGGGUCCUGUGGGAGCAGGCAGAGCUCCCCUGCCAAGAGGGCCUUGAGGGUCAUGCAUAGGCAUUUGUAAGGGAUUAGGAGGGAGAGAGAAUUGCAUCCGCAAAAAGCAGCACAUCCAGUCAAUAUUAACAGCAACAUGAGGCAUGGCAUGGAAACAAAAGCAUCAUGUGAGAAAACAUUUCAGAAGAGUUAGAAUUUAGCAAUGACUGUGCAAAGGUUAUUUCGGUGCUCAUCUCAAGGAAAAGCUGAUUCAUGGUGAUCCAUGCUCAGAUUGAGUGUGUUUGAUGUAUUCUGUUUCAAAAGAUGACCCUACAAUUAGGAGAAGACAAUACACAUCCUUGAGUGUAAUUCUCCAGGCUCCAAGGCUACAGGGGACUCCCAAUUCGCCUGUGCACAUAAUCACAGUGGGCAUGGCAGACCCUUCGCUGUUCUGCAGGUGCUCAACUGGAAGGUCCAUUUUUAAAUUCUUGCCAGAAGAUCCUGUUUCCCCUGGUGUGCUCCGGUGUUUUGCAGAACCUUCUCCACCUGCUGCUAGUUUGGCCCGGGUCAGCAGAGGAAGUGCUGGAGGUUUGCAGAACAGGAUGCCAUUGAGUCCUGCAGAGUUACUAGAGGUACAGAGCAACACCAGCAUUUGGUCCACUGACCCUGUAAUUUAGAUAACGCAUCACCAUUCACACUGUGGCUGUAAGCAGAGCCCCAAGUAAUGCACUCAACAAAUGUUUGCUGGACGCUGGCCCUCCAGAAGGCAUCAAAACCACUCCCCAAUUUAGAGCACUGAGAGUGAGAGCUGCGAGAGGGACCAACUGGGAAAUGGCAAAGUCAUGAUGAAGUCACCUCUCAUCUCUCCCUGAUAAAAACGCACUCCGAACAUACACAGUACAUGCCACACUGCAGACGGACACCUUCCCCAGAGCCAGCCAGUCAACAGUCUCUAAGAACAAUCCCAUCCACCUGCUUCCAUCUCUUAGCAGGGGGAAUUUUUCAUAUUUGGGUGUUUGGAAUCAGAAAGCAAAUAAUAUCCACUUGGAUUCAAAUUCACUAAUUUGAAAUUUGUGAUAAUUCUGUGAUUAACAAAUUAUAAUUGACCGUCAAUAAAAUAAGUCCUGCUAAGCCUGUCGACAGUGUGAGUAAUAUCAUGACAGGUGGAGGGGUGUGCUCAUUUAUUUAACAGAGAUUGCUUGCACUAUGCGCUAUGCUACAUGAAAAAGAGACAGGCAUGGAUCCCUGACACCAAUAAGCACUCAGGUUAGCAGGAGGGACAAACAUUAAACAACAAAUCAUUCAGUUAAAUGUUUAAUUAUAAUUAUGCUAAGUGCUGCAAGAUGACAGGUAUAGCCUAUGAUAAAGGGAUUUAAUGGGCGGACUUGGAAUAGCCUGAGGAAACUGCUUCAUCGAAGGGACACGUGAACUGGGCUCCGAAGCACAUGCUGGAGUUAACCCGGUAACGAUGAAAAGAUGGAACUACAAAAGUCCAGGCAGAGGGAACAGCAUGUUCAGAGGCCCUGAGGCAGGAAGUAGGGUGGCAUGUUGAAGAAGCUGGAAAAAGACCAGGGCAGCUGGAAAGCCAAGCAUGAGGGUAAAGAUCGAACAAGGUGUGGAUGGAAAGAGAGAAUCUCUGUUAAGGAGAUUGAUCUUCAUUCCUUAAAACUGGAAAGCCAUUGAGGAAUUCUAAGCAAGAGGUCAAUAUGAACAAGUUUGAGUGUUGAAAGCUGCCUCUUGGCACAGGGCAGGAAUGGGCUCCUGCAGUGGUUCAAGGAUCUGAGACAGCAUUUUGGGACACAUAGUGACCAUGGAGAUGGAGACCAGGGUAGAAGGAGGAGACCUUUGGAGGUGAAACUUAUAGGACUAGAAAAUGGAUGUCAUAGGGGAAGACAUAGGGAGGAGGAGGAGGAAGUUAAAGGCGAUGUCAGGUUUCUGGGGUCCCCAGGGAGAAAGCUGGCUUGCAGAAGGCUCAUGGAUUCUGCUUUAAACAUGUGGGUUGGAAGGGCUGUGAGACAGGGGUACCGAGCUGCCUGGUGGAUGGGAGGAGGCAUGGCCUGCCCUGGUCACAGCCUCAGUGUGUGGAUGCUUGCAGGGACCACGGUGUGGGGACAAUCACCUGAAUGGAGACUGUAGAGUGAUAAGAGAAGAGGUUCCAUGGCUGAGAGCAGAGGAAAUCCAGCAGUCAAGGAAAGGAAGAGACUAAACAUUCAGACAGGGAGGAGAGAAGAAAAGAGUCCAAGUAAAAGAGCAUCUCAGGUAGACAGUGGCCACGGGUCUAGAUUGCAACCUAGAAGUUAAGUCAGAUGAAGAGCAAAAAUGGCCCCUCAGAAGAUCCAUCAGGGAGGAGUGAGGGCCAGACACUAAAGGCCGAGUGCAACGGGUAAGGAAAUAAUGGAGGUAGGGAGGAGAUAAGAAGCAUUUAAGAGAACAGUCUUUGAAGGCCACAGACAUAAAUAGGAAUUGACCAGGUCAUGAUUAAAUAUUGAUGUUUAUUUCUAUGCAUUCAUUAGACCAGGUUCCAAGACCUUGUUUAGAGGAUGGCCCUGCCAUGUGCACUGUAUCUUCCAUCAUGCUGUCUGAAGGGGACAUGCCCUUUCACCGGCAAAGUGCUCUAUGAGCAAGACUUUUCACCAGUUCAGAGUGGCUUCCUUCAAAUUCUUCAAAGUGGUGAGCAAGACAGAUAUUUGCUGGCCUCUGGAAAAUUCAUUCCUGCAGCAAUGUCAGUGAGUCCACAAGGCAACUGUCUGGGGGAAAGCCCAAGCACAGGGUGAGGUGUCCCCUAAUCAUUCACAAAAUAAAUGCCACCUUGUCCUUCUGCAUCUCAGUCUCAUCCAUGUGUGGCACCAGGUGGGUUUCAUUUUCAUCCCUAAGUCAGAUCUCAGUGGAGCUGCAGGCAGGGGUGUGGCCUUAUUAUUUAGAGUUCCAAAUGGAUUGAUCUGAAUUUUUCGGUAGGCCGUAAGACCCAGAGCCAGGAGUCUUUCUCAACAAAAUUCCUAUUAUCUUUUCCCUUUUUAUCUGUGUCUCAAAAAAAAAUUUUUUUUUUGCCCUCCAGGAAAAAAAAUGUCAGAAUAAAGAUAACCCAGUUCAGAGCAUUACCACAAAUGGUUAUUGAGCUUCUAUUUAUUGAGCUCAGUAUACAAAGGUGUACAAGACUCCCUUACUGGAUUCAAGGAGCUUCCUUUCUAGUUAAAGAGAGAAAGCAGUGAUUAUCAGUUCUUGAAACAUAUGGAUCAUGAUAUAUGAAGUGACAACACGGCUGAGCUAUGGAAAAGAUGGGCAGUGAUGACACCAAAUAUAAGCACAAAAAGACAUUUUAAAACUACAGAUCCUAAAACCCAACACGGCAGGCUCCUGCAGCUUCCAGUGCUGUAACAGAGAAAAAAAAAUCCCCACUUUACAAUUACAUCUGGUCAAUGAGAAGCUCUAGUUUUGUGGGAAGAGGGAAACACCUAGCCUUGCCAGAAUCAUCACCAGAAGCGCCUGCCGGCUGAAGAGGACAGCUUUCCUGGAGACAACAGAUGAUGCAGGGAAACAAGAAGUGCACAGACGGGUUCAGCGACUCCUCCAGCAUCGGCAGUGUGUUGGAUGAUGCAGACAGAGAGGUGAGCAGCCUCACAGACCGGGCGUUCCGGAGCCUAUGCAUCUCAGAGGACACAUCCUUCCAUGACUCUUACCUGGCCGUGUCCCCAGAUAUCAGCCAACAGGUGUUUGGGACUCUCCAGCAGAGAACAGUGAGCCACACCCAGAGGAAAAGUGGCAUUUGGAGCCAAUUACCAUCACAGGGCACAGAACAUUCGGGCUGGGCAGCCACCUUCCAACAGCUGCCCAAGUACGUUCAGGGAGAGGAAAAGUACCCCAAAACCAGCCCCCCACCAACACCAGUCCAGAGGAGACUGGAGGUGCCAGUUUCCGGUCUCCGGAGCAGCAACAAGCCUGUAUCCAAAGUAUCAACACUAAUUAAAUCUUUCGACAGGACCGAGACCCAACGUUGUGAGAACAGAACCACUACCAGCAAGCCUCCGGCUCUGAAAAAUCCCCCCAAAUUUGCCCCUCUUCCAGAAAGCAGUGUCAACUUCUGCUUUGAUUCUGCCUUUCUGACAGUCAGGAGGGUGCCCGCUGAAGUUUCCAACACCCAUCAGAACAGCCAGCAGCCCAGCAGAAAGCACAGAGAACAAGAGUCCCCCAAGAAUCCAGAAAUGGCCUGUCACGGCUCCAGCAGCUUCCUCCCGGCUCCAGCCAGUGACGUGACCUGCUCAUCUGAGUCAAAGUUCCCCUCUCCACACCACAAGCCAGCCACUGGUGAGCCUGGGAGAGGCAAAGGCACCUUUCUGCACAGUGAAAAUAGUGCUUUUGAGUCGUGGAAUGCCCACCAACCAAAGCUGCUGGAGAGAAAGGACGCAGCUGGAGCAGUCCCAGAAAGAAAAGCUCCCAAGUACUAUGGGGAUGCGACCUUGCUAAGAGAACCCUGUCCUCCUGAGUGCACAGUCUCUCCCUGCCAGGUCCAGGCCCACUGCGGUCAGGAAGAGAACAGAGUGGCAGCAGGAGCUCUGUCCACAUCUGUACCCUGGGGGUGCAGGGAUCUAGGAUCCCAGGUAUUUGCUGUGGAAGGAAAAGCUCCCAGCUCACAGCCUGAUUCUCAAGAGAAGCCAGCCCAGCCCCCAUGGAGGAAACAAAAGACUGGCAAGAAAGGGAAAGAAAGUCUACAAGAUGCAUCAGAAGAAAAGACACAGACCAACAGGAGAGGCCCACCUUUGUAUACAAAACACAACCCCCAGGGACAGUUUUCAGAAAAUGAUGCUCUUGACCUGCCUGUGGAACCCAAUGAACAUUAUGAUCCCCCCUUUAACAUCAGUAAGCUCCUGACCCCCAUCAUACCCAACAAGCAUGCCCUGGAUUCAGCAGAGAGCCAGCCGGCAGAGGGAACCCCAUCACCCCCAGGACAGCUAAACGGAUACCAAGAGAAGGAGCCCAGUGAAUGUCAAUCUCGAGACAGCUACAAGUCCAAAGCCCCUAGCCUGCUGUUCAACCUCAAGGAUGUGCGGAAGCGUGUUAAGAGCACAUACAGUCCUUCACCUCUCUUGAAAGGGCUUGAUGAGAAAACCAGAGGUAAGGUUGACGGAAAGCAAGAACCCAUAAGCAAUGGUGUCAUCCUCCCCAACGGGCUUGAGGAAAGCCAUCCAAACCAGAUUUCUAAGGAGAGACCUGCCAAUGACCCCACUGCAUCGCACAUCAAUGCCCAGAAGGACCCUACGGAUGACCCCAGUGAGCCCUCUGCAGACAGCUAUCUAACCCUCAGCACAGCUCCAACUAUCACCAAAGCCCCCUUCUAUGUCAAUGGGGAGGCUGCUGAGAGAAGCAGUUAUGAGAAUGAGGAAGCGGAGCGAGAGUUGGAGAUAAGUCCCGCUGGGUCCAGCUGGUGUCCAGACUCCAGGGAACGCCGCUCCAGGAAUCACCUCUCCCUAAGGCUUUGCAAUAGGGAUCCUGAACCUGGAGGGGCUACUGAGAAAAUGAAGACCCACCAGUUAGAGAAUGGGCUCUCCAGAUCUGUGUCCCAAGAGACAGAACCUGAGAGGGAGGCAGGACUUCAGAACACACACUUGAACCAGAAAUUCUCCCCAGGGCCCCUCUCUCCUGAGGAGGAAGAUGUGUUUUACAGUGACAGCCAAUCCGAUUUCAUGCCGAGCCUCCAAGGUAAGGCCAAAUUCAGCACCAGCUCUUCAGAUCAAUCCUUUGCCUCAUUUGAUGAUCAACAGAAGACAUGGUUUACUGAGAACCAGCAGGAAGACAGGAGGAAGGACGUGAGUGCAGGUGACAGUCAGAAGGAUGAGAAGGAAAAUGUGAUGGGGAAGGAUGAGCCGCAGUACUGCGCCUUAAGCAAAGGGCAUUCAUGCCUGGAAGAGCGCAGCCAGGGGGAAGCAUUGCAAAGAGAAGGGGAACAUGUGUCUGGAGGAAGAAUCAGGAAGGCAUCAGCAGAGGAAGCUAAUUUCAGAGGCUCUCAGAUUGGAGGAAAUAAGGGUACAACCUUUUCACAGGCUAAAGACCUUACCCCCUCCCCAUCUUCUGCUUCAAACAAGCACAUGCUGUUUACGAUUAAAGACAACACCCUUAGAGUCACCCCCGUAAUUAAACCUAUCAUGCUGCCUCUCCUGAGGACCAUGUCCUUGGAGGACUCCCUCGGCAGUGGCCACAAAGAGGAGGAACUGUCAAGGCCAGAAUGGGGUGAGGAUCCUGGGUUCUGUGUCCCUGAAAACCAGGACAUUCUUGGUACAUCGACACCCACUAACACAAAGGGUACACGUGUGAAGUGCAUGGCCAAUGAGGUCAUGGGGGACCCCUGGCAGGGGUCCAGCACAGCCAGAAUGGAGGCCUCUCAGCCAGCCCCAAAGGGCCCAUCUAUGCCUCUGGUAGGAGACGGGGACAGGGUGAAGUCACCCCCAGAUGCAGCAUACAGCGUCAUGGCAAGCAAUGGCAAGAGCAGUUCCACAGACCCAGGGAAACCAGCAGCCCCACAGCACAUCCCCACCAUCGCUUUACCUGAGGGCGACGAAGAAGACCAGCCACCCCCGUGGCAGCCUGAAUCCUGUUGGGAACAGCAGACACCAGGUUUCAAGAGUCAUUUUUUGUCCACACCCAGAGCAGGCCCUGCUGGCAGAAGACCGGUACCUGGUGAGGCGGUGAAUUCUCCCAAUUCCAGCUCCGUAGGGGAGAGCAGCGCCUGCUCCCCUGCCGCCAGCAGCAUUUGGGAUGAGGCUUCCCAGGCCCCCAGAGAACUGGAGCUGCUGCCCAAGGAGCCUCCUCAAGCCAGCACCUGGGCCAGCCCCAGUCCUGCCAGGGUCACCCAGAGGGAGGACCUGACCCAUGCCCUGGUGUGGGAGGGCAGCUCUGACCCCCAACUUGAACUGCUGGAAGAAGACCUCCGGACACUCUCUCCAAGAGGUUCCUUGCUGGAUGUGGCCACCAGCCCAGCAGGCGCCCGUGGGAGACUUGAGCUUCCUGCACAGCUGGAGAGGGCGGCAAGCAAACCACCUGCAGUCCCACCCAAAACAGAGAAAGCCCUGCGGCGGGCGAAGAAGCUGGCAAGCAAGAGGAGGAAGACUGACCAGACAGAGGAGAAGCAUGGCAAGCCACAGGAGGGAAAGCUGUGCCCGGAGGACUUGGAGCAGGCAGAGCAAAGGCCACUGUGUCCCAGAGAGAGGCCCCGACACAGUUUCCCUAUGGUCCGUUCCCUGCCCCCUCCCGUGCACCGACACUCUGUGUCCAGCUUCUCCGAGUCUGUCGGGAGACGGCCUGGGGGCCCCCAGUCCCUCACACCCCUGCCCACUUACCCCGCCACCCAGAAGGUCCUCCAGGAUCCGCAGUCCGGGGAGUACUUUGUCUUCGACUUGCCACUCCAGGUGAAAAUCAAGACCUUCUAUGACCCAGAGACGGGCAAGUAUGUCAAGGUCUCCAUCCCAUCCUCUGAGGGGACCUCCCCAGAGCCGCCCCCACUGGAUGCCCUUGCUGCUCCUUAUGUGCUGUACCCUGGCUUCCAGCCGGUGCCUGUGACAGCCUUGAUGCCACUGCGCUGUUCGUCUCAGCUCUCCGCCCCCACCUUCCUCAGGCAGGGCCCUCGCGCCUCUGUGGCCCACACCAGGCCCCAGAGUGUCCACGAGGCUGGACUACAGCUGACCCCAGAGCCUCAUGGUGACUGCACCCUGCACUCUGCCGGCCAGCGCCCCCAUAGGCCUCCCCAGAGCCCAGGAGAAGAGGGCGCAGAAGCUCCAGGCCUGAGCAUCAUCUCCACCGAAGACCUAGAGGACUUUGCCACAGAAGGCAUUUCUUGAGUUACUGCAGACUGACCUCUACCCUCAGAUGAACCCAGAGGAGCUGACUUCCCCCUCCCCCAGAACAAGGAACACACACACACACGUGCACACUCGCACACACACUCACACGCAUGCACGCUCAACAUACUUAGCCUUUUUGGAUCCCUAAGUCCAGAAGGCAGUAGGGAUCCCAAGACGACCUCACCCGAAGGGCUCCCGGGCUCUCCUCUGACGGAGGGGCGCUGCUUGCUUGGCCUGGUCCCCUUCAUGUCAGUUCCCAGGUGCACUCUACUCCAGCCCUUCUCCUUCGCUUCCUUCCCCCCUGUCCUGGCCUGCCCUGCUCUUCCCUGUCCCUGCCAACCAGGUGGGUGUGGCAAGGCCACCACCUGGUCCUGAGGGUCCCUGUGCACCCACACCCACCCACUCACUUGUAGGCUCCUUGGUGAGCAAACCCCUGAGGGCCCCAGCUCAGACACAGCAGCCCUUUCAGGUCACCUCAAGCAGACUGGCUGAGGACCAGCCCAGGGCAAUCUUGCAGAAAUUAUUAUUUGAAUAGAAUGGGUUUCCUUCACAGGGAGAAACUUGCCUAUGAAAGCUAUUUUCUGAUCAAGAAAGGGCCACUUUUUAAAAAGUGAAACAAGUUUGCAGAUAAGGUUCUGUC